GGGUGGACGGCCGUCUGCUCUAAGUGGACGGUCGUCUGCCCCUAACGGUUACCCAUGGAUGGCCGUCUCGCAUGGGUGGACGGCCGUCUGCCCCCAACGGAAACCUCUGAACGGCCGUCUGGCAAGGGUGGAUGGCCGUCUAGCCCCAACGGCCCCUUCUGGACGGCCAUCUGCUCCUAUUUUUUGUUUUUUCUUUUGUUUAUGA